AUGUCCUUCCAACCGCACCUCAACCCUUACUACGGCCGCAUCCCCCCCGCCGACACAACCUACCCGCCACAACUCCCCUUCAUGCCCACCCUCGACCCGUCCACCGCACAGCUAACCCUUCACACCCCCUUCACCCCCCACACCCUCAUCACGCUCACCCCCUCCCGCCACACACACCCCCUCUCCCACCACCCUCCGCCCCGCCGUCACCCCAUCCGCACCCUCCCCGCCCGCGCAACCCCCCCUCCACCACAUCUCUCUUCUGUGCUGGUUCUCGAGAUGGUGUUGCCGGGGACGACGAUAAGUGAUGUGAUGGCGGAGGUUAUCGCGCUGCCUAUUGCGGUUGGGGACACGGUUGAGGAUCGGCAGAUGCGGUGGCAGCGGGCGCGGGCGCGGCUAAGGCUGAUGGGGCUGCAUGGGAGUGCGGUGCGGGCGGUGGAUCGGGUGGGGGCGUGUGGCGCGGGGCAUAAUGGCGUGGGAGGGGGGAAGAUGGUGGUGGGUGGGACGGGGAGGGGCGGGGAGGAGGAGGUGGUGGUGUUGGUGGGGUGGGGGAGUGCGAUGGUUGUGGGGGUGAGGGGCGGGUGGAGGGGGGAUGGGUGGAGUGGGUUGCAUGCGGCGUUUUUGGAGGGGGGCGGGGUGGGGGAGGGGUGGGGGUGA